UUAUUGUCAAUUUUACUUCCUGCGCCAUUCUUUUCUUCUUUUUGGUUCUUCAAAAACAAAACUAUUCUCUGUUUCGAUCUUGAAGAACCCCCAAAUCCCAGAAAAUCAAAUUAACAAAUUUAUCGAAUUUGCCUUUAAAUUAUCUUGGUUCAACUUUGUUAUCGUUGAAAUUAAAGAGAACUUUUUUUGGUAAAAAGAGGAAAAUGGCUCAAGCUGUUGAAGAAUGGUAUAAGCAGAUGCCCAUCAUCACCCGCUCUUAUCUCACUGCUGCCGUAGUUACCACUAUCGGUUGCUCUCUCGAAAUAAUAUCACCUUAUCAUCUGUACUUGAACCCUAAGCUCGUGGUUAAGCAGUAUCAAUUCUGGCGCCUCAUUACUAACUUCCUGUACUUCCGCAAGAUGGAUUUGGAUUUCAUGUUUCACAUGUUCUUUCUUGCUCGGUACUGCAAGCUUCUUGAAGAGAACUCUUUCAGGGGAAGGACUGCAGAUUUCUUUUACAUGCUCUUGUUCGGAGCUUCAGUCUUAACUGGCAUUGUUCUUGUUGGAGGAAUGAUACCUUAUCUGUCAGCAUCAUUUGCCAAGAUUAUAUUUCUAAGCAAUUCAUUGACAUUCAUGAUGGUUUAUGUGUGGAGCAAACAGAAUCCUUUUAUACAUAUGAGUUUUCUGGGUCUUUUUACCUUUACAGCAGCUUAUUUACCCUGGGUACUUUUGGGAUUCUCUGUCCUUGUUGGUGCUAGUGCUUGGGUGGAUCUCCUGGGAAUGAUUGCUGGUCAUGCCUACUAUUUUCUUGAAGAUGUAUAUCCACGAAUGACCGGACGUCGACCCCUAAAAACUCCAACCUUUAUUAAAGCGAUGUUUGCAGAUGAAGCUGUAGUAGUAGCACGGCCAGCAAAUGUGAGAUUUGCUCCACCCGCAGAUGAACUUCACAGAGACUAGUCGGCCAUUGGAAAACUAGAGCAAUUUUGGUUGAAUUGAUCUCUGAUAGGAAAGGCCUAAAAAAAUGCAUGGUUGGCCCUAUUUCUUAGACAUGUUCAAGCUUUAACAUGCUUAAAUUGCUGAUUAUGGACAAUAUAUAUCUUUUGGUAGAAUUGGAGGCGUGUAUAACUGUAUAUCUGUUGUUAUUGCUUGCACUAUAUAUGCAGAAAUUGGGGAUGAAAUCUUGUAAUUAUUACCAGACUCUGCUUUUGGUUGUUAUAGAAUGCCCUUUCUCAUCA